GCAGGCAGUCAUGAGAACCACCACGUCCAUCAGUUUCUCAGCAGUUCUUGGUCUUUCAGCACUGUGGCUGAUGGAGAACUCGCUGGCUGUUAACAUCACUGGAUCUGUGGGAAGCAACAUCUCAGUCACCUGCAGCUAUCCAGAAACCUAUCAGAAUAACAGCAAGUUUUUCUGCCAGAUGAGCAGCUCAUUUGCUCUAGGAGAUGUGUGUGUUCACAUCACCCAACAAGAGACAAGGUCUGAACAAGGGAGACUAGUUCUUCUGGAUGACACCAGCGCUCAUGUUCUCACAGCAAACAUCUCUAGACUGGCUCCAGAAGACUCAGGAAAGUACUGGUGUGGUGUAGAUAUCGCUCAGUUGCCAGAUUUUACCUUGGAGAUCUGGAUAACAGUCACCAAAGAACAUCCACCAGAGCAAACCACAGACCUGUUCCCAAAAGAGCCUGGCGAGUCUUACUCAAGGUUCAUGAUGAUGGUGGCUUUUAUAUGCGUUGGAGCCCUGUUUUUUGUGUGUCUGUUCGGCCUGUUUCAAGUGCUCAAACGCAACAGCUGCAGUAAUUCAGGUUUGGUUCUCCACUACUCCAAGGCUAUAUCAAACCCAGUGGUGGAUGACCACCAGAGAAUAAAUCUUCCAGACUUACCCAAAGUUCAAAAUGAAAAAGAGGAACUUUACAAAACAACAAACCCAGAUCAUACCAACACAAAACCGGUCGACAGAGACUCGUACUACAUAGAUGUUGUUUCAGCACAGACAAAAGAUGAGAUCUACACAGACCUGGACAGCAAUAGACAGAGUCAUGUGUAUCAGAGCCUUACAGCUGAUUCUCUUCAAGAGUCGAUCUAUCACACUAUUGAUCAGAAGACUGACUGAACACUGAAUCCAACAGCCAAUCAGAAUCCUAGUUUCCUCCUACAGCUACGAUCAUCCAAAAUUGUGUCAACUUCAAAAUGUUUGUUGUUUUGUUGUUUCACUUAUUAAAUAAACAUAGAAAUCAAUCUUAUUUGUUUCAGGUAUAGUUUUGUGAGGUAACAACUGCCUAAUAACCUAAUAUUUU